UUUAAACUUCCUCUUCUUUAGCAAGAAGCGUCGCGGUCCCCAAGUUUAUGUGUGUGAGCUGUGGCUUGCGGAGCGGAGGGAACGGAACCUCGCUGUCUCGUCGAGCCUCGCACCGAGGAAGGAGGCUUCCCGGGUUGUCGCCGUGGUGGUCAGUGUCCCGUGGCGUUCGCCGCUCGCCUCGGCGGGGUUGACUUUGGAGAAAAAAAAAAAAAAAAAAAAAAGAAUCCUCGAGCCCCGGGACCCGCUGGGUGACGCCCAGACACGAGUUGGAAAGCGAAAGCGCUUGUGCUCCGCACUCGGCACCGCCCGCCUUGCCCGCGUCCGCCCCCGGGGCCGCUUGUAAGUUUCGUUUCUCUUCCGUGUGAGUUUCCCCGGCGUCGCUCGCACCGGCCGCCGCCACCCGCAACCGAGCGCGCCAUGGCGGACCCCGGCGUGUGCUGCUUCAUCACCAAGAUCCUGUGCGCCCACGGGGGUCGCAUGACCCUGGACGAGCUGCUGGGCGAGAUCGCGCUCCCGGAGCCGGAGCUCCGCGACCUGCUCCUGACGGCCGGGCCCGAUCGCUUCGUGCUGGUGGAGAGCGGAGGCAGGGCCGGCGUCGCCAGCUCCGUGGUGGCCACCACCCGAGCCCGGGUCUGCCGUCGCAAGUAUUGCCAGAGUCACUGCGAAAACCUGCACCUCUGUAAGCUCAACCUGCUGGGCCGCUGCCACUAUUCGCAAGCGGAGCGGAACUUAUGCAAAUAUUCUCAUGAAGUUCUUUCAGAAGAGAACUUCCAGGUCCUCAAACACCACCAGCUCUCUGGGCUCAACAAAAAGGAGCUGGCAGUGCUCCUUGUCCAAAGUGACCCAUUUUUCAUGCCUGAGAUAUGCAAGACUUAUAAAGGAGAAGGCCGGAAACAGAUCUGUAGCCAGCAGCUACCGUGCGAGAGACUCCACAUCUGUGAUCAUUUUACCCGAGGCAACUGUGGUUACCUUAACUGCCUCAGGUCCCAUAACCUGAUGGACAGGAAAGUGCUGGCCAUCAUGAGAGACCAUGGGCUGAGUCCAGAUGUGGUUCAGAACAUCCAAGACAUCUGCGACAACAAGCAUGCCCGGAAGAACCACGCCGACGUGAGAGGUCCUAGCGCGCAUCGUCGAGGCGCAGCCAGAGGUAGGAGCAAAAGCAGAGAUCGAUUCUUUCACGGCAGCCACGAAUUUCUUCCAGCCGCCUCAGCUUCUCAGAGGUCCAGCCCAGACAGGACCGGAUGCGAGGAGCUCCUGGAUGACAAGCCCGUAGGAGACCUCACCUACAAGUUCAAGUACCUCGGGAGUCAAGACCACGCUCAGCCGUCCUCAGUCUCAUCUAAGGUGGCCGGUCUUGGAGGACCUGGCCCAAUGGGAGGCAGCCAGAAGUUUUCCGAGAAUGGGGGUCUGGAUGGCCCCUUCUAUAGAAAUCAUUCGGAAUCAAGCCCAAGUCGAGCUGCCACGGCCGCCUCUCUUGAUUCUAUACCGGCACGUGAGGCUGCACCCAUCAGAAAAGGCAUGAUUUCCACAGACCUCAAGGGCACAAGCGGUUUUGCUGACGGGGUUGCUAUGGAUGGGAAAUCCACAAGGUCUUCAAAUUACAGAGCCACAGUCAAUGGUCAGAGAGAAAGGACAGUACCUAGCAGCUAUCAGAAUAGCUCAGCUUCUCCCUGGGACCCUCAGACCACUAGCAGAAACACAGAUGAUGACCCUGGGGUGACAUUCCUGAAUGGUAAAUACCGAGGAACCCCAGUCUGGGCUGGUCCAUCUGUGCACAGCGUAUCGAAUGGCUCUAGUCAAAUUCUGGAUGAAAUUCCCAAAGUUGAUGCAGCUGGUGCCACUGGCUUUGGCUUAAAAGCGGCGGUCACCAGGGGCAAAGAGGCAUUGUACUCUGGGGGUCAGAAUUUGAGAGGCCAGGUUCCAGCCUCGCCUACUGCUCCCGCACAGACCAGCGGACUGCCGCAGUCACCUCUACCUUCCCCGAGCCACAAGGCCGCAGCUCCUGGGACUCCUGGCCAGAAGUCUGCCCACACCGCUGUGAGCCCUCCAAGUGGGCUCUCGAGGGGGACUCCAGUCUCUGAUCAGAAUUUCACGUCCCAUAGCACAGGUUCCUCAUCAUCUAGGAUGGAUGAUCAUGGCUCAAAGGAAAUUUGUCCAGACUAUCUGCUUCAGGGAUGUCAACUUAGGAACUGCAACAAAAUCCACUUCCACCUGCCUUACCGGUGGCAGGUGCUGAUGUCAAGCACUUGGACAGACUUCGGGGACAUGGAGAAAAUCGAGCAGGCCUAUUGUGAUCCCCAAAACCAAAAUUUUUUGAUAGGAAACCACCAAAUCGAUUUUCAGAAAAUGACUUGUGGUGUUAACCCUGUUCGACGCAUGUCUACUGCUUCAACUGUCUCAGAGCAAGCCAACUCUGUCUUUAACACAAAAUGGCUUUGGUAUUGGAAGAGCAAAUCUGGCAAGUGGAUACAGUAUGGAGAAGAGGAUGGCAACCAGCCCAGCUCCAACAUUGACUCUUCAUACUUGGAGUCUUUCUUUCAGCAGUCCCAUUCCAAGGGAGUUGUGCCGUUUCAGGCAGGUUCACGGAACUAUGAGCUGAGUUUCCAAGGAAUGAUUCAGACAAACAUCCUUUCCAAGACUCAAAGGGAUGUCAUCAGAAGGCCGUUGUUUAUUUCUUCGCAAGACGUGCAGCAGAUGAAGAGAUGGACAGAGUACCAGCCAGUGAACACCCAGGCAGAGGCUCUGACCUCCAGUUUUCUUCCUCAGAGAGAUGAUAGCUCCUCUUCGAGUGCCUACAGGUUGCUGGAGCUCAACAGCCAGCACGUGGAAUACAUCAAAAUCAGUGAGUGUUUCAAAGCUUCCAUGAAAAACUUCAAGAUAGAAAAGAUAAAGAGAAUCUGGAAUCCGAGGCUCUUGGAGGCUUUUCAAAGGAGGAAAGAGAAGAUGCAGAAGAAAGACGAGGUGCUCCUAUUUCACGCAGCCAGCCGCGCCCAUGUUUAUUCUAUUUGUGUGGAUAAUUUCGACUGGACCAUCCACGAAAAUCAUGAAACCAAAUACGGAAAAGGAAAUUACUUUGCAAAGGAAGCCUUCUAUUCCCACAAAAAUUGCCCGUAUGACAGCAGAAACAUCAUUAUGUUUGUAGCCCGAGUCCUGGUUGGAGAUUUCAUCGAGGGACAUAUGCUUUACAGGAGACCGCCUGUACAGUAUGACAGCUGUGUGGAUACAAGGCUUAAUCCCUCUGUCUUUGUCAUCUUCGAGAAAGAUCAGAUUUACCCAGAAUAUUUGAUUGAAUACACCGAAAUUGAUAAGCCCUGUGUAAUUAGUUAGAGAUGACGAACACAGCAUAAUAAGGGACGUCAUAACUGUUCUAUUCGCUCAUAGAACCAAAUAGCCCCAGAUAAUAGUUCGGCUAUUGCCUUUCCUUGCUAUGUUACCUAUCGUCUGAAAUCAGCAGUGCCAAACUUUGCUGCACAAAUAUCCAGAUUCCCUCCAGGCAUGGUGGUGCACGCCUUUAAGCUCAGUACUUGGGAGGCAGAGGUAGGAGGAUCGUUGUGAGUUCAAGGCCACCCUGAGACUACAUAGUGAAUUCCAGGUCAGCCUGGGCUAGAGCGAGAUCCUACUUCGAAAAAACAAAACAAAACAAAAAAUCCGGAUUCCCGGGUCAUACCCUAUCUCAAUUAAGUCACUAGGGAUGAGAGGCAGGCAAUGCUAUUUUUUAAAGCUUUCCCCAUGAUGCCAAUGUUUGUGCUAUCUUAGACAUAACUGGCCGGGCUGAUUUCUAUAAUUAUUCUAACCUGUCUUAUCUACUAUUUGUGGGGUUUUGUUGAAAUUAGAAGGAAUUAAUUUUGGGAAAUUGAGGGAAAUCUAGUAAUUCCCACUGAACUAAGGACAUUAGAUACUGCAGCUGUGGGUGAAAAACCUGCUGACAGAGAAAAAAAGUAAUAAAUUAAAUGUAAAUGUUCUUGAAAGACAUAAGUGUAAUCCCAUACCUUCUCAUGUGGUGAAACUGAGGCACAUGUUUCUCUGUCUCUACAUUUACUGAGAAGGCAGACUCCAUGGGGUCGACUCUUGAAUGCAUUAAGAGCAGCGCAUCAGGUAUCGUGGAGAGAAGUGACCAAUGAGUUAAUUGCCCACUUAGGCUCUUGACAUUUAGGUUCCAAUUAAUGUGAUUAUAGAGAAAGCUUUCUGCAGGGCAGGCUUUCAUGAAAGCGUCUGUAUUUUAGCAGUGACCCAAGGUGCAGUGACUAGAUUCACAAAAGCAUGGCCCAUAUACUGGCAUGCUCUUGUGGUCGUGUGCAGCGAAAAGAGGCAGCUCAGGAAGAAAGCAGGACGCAGCCAGUCCCCCUAAAGGAUAGGCCUCCUACCAGUAAGGCAGGAGGGGUUUACUGGGGAGCACAGCAUCAGUGCAAAGAGAAGAGUGUCUCAAACAGUACUUGUAACUGCUAGGCACUUAUAUAUGUUUUUAUUUUUCAAAAUGUAACAGAUUGUCUGGAUUUUGAUAUCCUACCUCUUAGGGCAUUUGAGAUGUUUUUGGAUCAAUAGUUCUUUCUAUUAUGAAUCGGGUUUUCCUUCCAAUUCUCCUUGUGCAACAUUCGGUACCAGUUGUCCAAAUCCCCGGCCAGCAGUCAUGUGAGACUUGAUUCAUUAGCAGUCAGCUGAUUUUGUACUAGCCAGAUUCUAGAUGGGUGCAAAAAGUUUUACAAGUCCUUCACCUUCCAGAUCUCUACCAGUCACAUUUGUAUAGAACCAAAACUUUUCUUUAGAGAAAAGUUGUUUUCUGGGGUGCUUGCCACAAAUGUUCUUUCUCACUCACUGAUUCCCCCACCCCCACCCCACGGUAGCUUUUGUUUUGGGGUGCUCAUUCCCUGCCCUCGACCUUCACAAGGUUAUGUGCAACUUAUCCAGUUGUCCAUCAAACACCGCUAGUUGGGGUUCUUCUUGGGCAUCUCUGGUUGAACAUGUCUAAUAUAAAACAUUCUAUCUGCCUCCCUCAGAGGGACCCUGUGCCUCCCCCAGUUAAUGGUCUUAGGCGCUUAGUCGUGCCUGGCUCCUUACUGCCUUCGAGCUAUAAAUCGGAGUGGUUCCCAAGACCAGCUUUAUCAAACUCUUCCGUACAAGCCAUUCUGGCUUCCUUGACCCUAGCUCAGUGGUUCUCCAUGAACUUUGGUCAUUUUGUUUUUCUUUAAUGACACUUUGCAGCAUCUGCUUUCUACUCUUCAAAAUGCAAUUCAGAGGUACUGCCCUCUAGACAAAAAUCUAUUGACUAAAAGAUAAGAAAAUCAAGAUUAAUGUAAGAGAACUAUAAAGCUCAUCACGUGGGCCCAGCUUCAUAGGACUACAGGCCAUAAGGAAAUCUUACACUUAAAAUGAAUACAUGAGAACUUAAAUAGGAAACCAGAAGCAAUUGUGUACGAAGAAGCCCAGGAAAGCAGAGCUCUAAGUGGACAUUAGAGCAAAAACUAAUGGCAUAGCAAGUUAGCUGUGUAAACUGACACUGUGUAUAUGAUAAAAAGAAGAAGAAAAAAGCGAAAUAACCUUCAUUGAAUAAUGAUACUAUUCAAGGGAACUGAACUUACAGAACUUGUCGAAACAAAAUGAAGAAAUAUACUGCAGACGAGCUGUGGGUUAUACAUGAAUGUCUAAGGAGACAUUCAAACUUCGCAUAGGGCGCAGAGUAGUUACUUACUGUGAGGGGCUGCCCAAUCUACCGCAAGAUAUUCCGCGUCCUUGCCUCUCUCAUGCUAAACGCCAAUAGCAUCCUGCCACAUCCACAGCCAUGGGAACUGCACACCCUACUUGACCUGCUCACCCUUUCCAGAAGGGAUACUUUGUAACGUCCCCUUUGCUAUCUUGAGAUGAUUCGUAGCUAACAGUCUACACAGAAGAAUUUCUUAGGCCACAACUUGCUGCCCUAUUAUAAUGAAAGCCCCGAAAGUCAUGAACUCCACUAGGUAAGUCCUCAGGCAUGAUCAAGCUGUGAGCCGUGAACUAGACAGAUGUUAACUGUGAAUGUGAAUAGGUUUAGGCUUAAAAAGAGCCCAGCAGGGGCCUACUUACUGGAAUGAUUGCAGGAAAAUGAAAGAUUACAGGUGGCCGACAGUAGAAUGGAAACCAGUGUUAGGGUAAGUUAUAACAGACCAUGUGCCUUAUUUGUCUAUGGUAAAAGGCGAAAUUAAUUUUAACUAAAAUACAGGAUAACAAGACAGGACAAGUGACACUUGUCUCAGAGGAAACAAAUGUGGACUCUCCAGACAAGCUGUAGAUCCUGCAUAAAUGUCUAACAGGACAUUACACAGUCGAACAAGGUGCAGAGUAAUUCUCGUGUGGGUCUGCCCUGUAUAUUGCAGGACACCCCCGUCCGGCUGCAUCCACUCAGUGUCGGUAACAGUCCGCAGAUACCACGAAACCAGAGUUCGUCACUUCCAGUGCACAUUGAGAACCACUGAACUAGUUAAUGGCUAGCAAUCUUUGGAUGACCUCAACUGUUGCUUCCAUUCUAUACUUCCGUGGGAUAGGUCGGAUCCUUGCCUUCCAAGCACCCCAGGUUUUAUUUUUUUAAUUUUCCCUUGAUUUUUCUCUUUAGCAUCUGUGCAAUCUAACUUUGUCUGCUGUCUGCAUUGGGAUGUAACUCUUGUUUUGUUUUGUGGUCUGCCCAGCCUAGCUGGAUGCUUGAUACAUUGGAUGGGUUUUGUCGACUAAAUGAGUGUCAAUAUUUGAUUCAGGGGUUAGUGUUAUUGCUGCUUCUUGUUUGCUUAAUAAAAGUAAAAGAAAAGUU